UUAAACAUUCCAUACUUCACCACUUUAGCUACAAUCAACAGAAACGAAAACGUUAUGGCGAAAUUGAAUUCAAGUUUAACUGCGAUGGAUUGGCUUCCUCAAAUGUCAGUUGGGGGAGCCAUAAAAAAUAAUGUUUCUCAAGCAAAUAUUCAAGAAAACGACAAAUUAACUUCUUAUCGAUUACCUGGUGGACAGUUUGACGUGCAUGCAAAAUAUGACCCUAGCAUAUCUUAUGGCAAGUCAAAACCUCCAUAUAGUUAUGCAAAUAUUAUCACGUUUGCUAUUAACUCAUCAGAAAAAGGAAAAAUGACUUUAGCUGAAAUUUAUCAGUGGAUUUCUGAAAGCUUUCCCUAUUACAACGAAUCUAGCUCAGGUUGGAAGAAUUCAAUACGUCAUAAUCUUUCUUUAAACCGAUGUUUUCAAAAAGUACCCAGAACUAAGGAAGAUCCCGGGAAGGGAUCUUAUUGGGCAAUUGAUCCUAAUCCGCAACCAGAAGAAUUUUAUAACGGUAGACAGCAAAGACUCCCAAAAAAACAUGAAAGGGAAAGGAAGUGUUCACCUUAUCGUAAAGAAUCUUGUUCUCCUAAUCAAUGUGCACCAAUAAAGUCUCCUCAAUCUGUUUCUCCUCAACCGAGAUCUCCAUUGUCUAAUAUUUCUUCACCAUCUAUUCAGAGUCCGUCAACAGAAACAUGUGUUGGUUCUUUUUCGCCUCAUAGCAACUAUACUUCAAAUCCUCCUGAGAUUUGUUUAAGUAAUACUGAUGGUAUUGUUGUUGAACAAAAGCGAAAUUGCCCUCUUGAUAAUCGAGAUUUUGCUGAACAUUUUAAUCUUGAUGAUUUAUCAGCUUCAUUUAAGAGUUUAUACAAAUCUGUUUUUAAUCAAACAAAUAAUUAUAAUAACCGAGUUCGCCAAAAUGUGUCAACAAAUCCAUCUCUUACAGUUUCUUCAAAUGGAAGCCAUUUAUCUGCCUUCUCCGCUGAUCUGCAAUCUUCAAACUCUCUUCAACCAACAAUUGUACCUCAUUCAACUUGUAAUAUGACUGAUAAAGAUAUUUUGGAAACUAUGGAAACACUGAUGUCAAGUAUGAAUUCUGGUAAUUGGAAUAAUAUAAUGCCUGAUCAAUUUUAUGGUUUGAUUGACAGCCUCCAAGGUGUUCCAGGAUUAGACCAGCAUGAUAUUGAUCAACUAGAAUUUUCUUACUCCAGUUAUCUUAAAUUUCAAGGUGCAUUUGAAAGUGGUAAUAGCAAUAUACAACAUAGUCUGCCACAAUCUGCACAUUUUUCUCAUGCAGUUGACAAUGAUGUAUUAAACUCACGCCAUAGUCCAUACCAAAGAUCACAUUCACCUCAUCAAACUUCAUACAAUCAACAGCCACAACUUUGUUCUACACAACUUUCACAGUAUUCUAAACCUUUAAGUCCGCACAGAUCAUAUGCUAGUCCAUCUCCUUUAAAUUCUGGUUCCACUGUUUAUGCAAGUAAUAUUACGUGUAAUCCAAGCUUUCCUCAAACUUCAUCUUUACAUAAAAAUGAUGUUCUGCAACCUGCUGUUUUUAUGAAUUCAUUGCAAACUCCUGAUGUCAGUUUAACAAACUUUGGAAACAUUAACGAAAACUUAAUACAACGUAAUUCUAAUGAUAUGCCAGAUAAUACGAGACUGAAAUUCAUUCACCCUCAACCUUCUACAGAUUUUUCGAAACCCAAAAUAUACUCUUAUAGACAUAAUUUUCCCAUUGACGACGACGAUGAAGAAUUCGAUUGGUCGUUGCUUGAAUAAAUCUCAAUUUCUGUCAUAUUAUCCAUGUUUUUUAAAACUUUUUAA